AUGCGAUCCAAUUUCCCGCGAACCAAGCGUUUUCUCCCGAAGAGCCGACACGAGGGUUUCGUCACGUGUGCGCUGGCGCGGCACCCCGUCGCCAGUCCACGGACGCGCGGUGGGAGACCCCGCGCCGCGGAUAUGACCUGCGAGGGUGCCGUCGACGCGCUGGAAACGUGCGAGAGCCCGAUAGCCCCCGAGCGUGAUUCUCCAGCCCGCACCGCCCCGCCCCCAUCGAAGGAUGCUGACUCCGCGGCGGAUGCUGGCGAGGAGACCAGCAAACGACCCGUCGACCACGUCCCUGGCGACGACGAGCCGGACGAGCUCCUCUGCCCCAUCACCAAGGUGAUGAUGCGCGACCCGGUGUUCGUCGCGGGCAGCGGCAACACGUACGAGCGCGAGGCCAUCGAGACGUACUGGCGCCAGACCGCCACUCGGCCCGUGCGCGGAGUCCGGGGCGCGGUCGUGGGCGUGAGGCGAGAUCCCCUGACGAACCUCGACCUCGCGAACGACGCCAUCUUCACCAACUGGGACAAGCGCCGCGAGGUUCAGGCGUGGCUCGCCAAGCACCCGACGCUCACCCCCGAGGGAUGGCCCGACCGCGACGUCCCGCCGCCUCUCGAGGAGCGCCGCAAAGCCGCGGGCGGCCGCGACGGCGACGGCAACGGCGAACGCUCCGACGCGGUGGGGCGGAUGGAGCUCCUCGCGCAGACGGCGAAGCUCGCCGCGAUGGGGGGCGUCGGCCUCGCGGUCAUCGCCGCUCUCUUCGUCGCCACGACAUCACCGGCGCCCUCAUCCGACGGACUUCUCAGUCGGUGGGAGUUCGUGGACGGCCACACCGGGGACGGCACGGCACGGGACGCCACAGCCGGCGCCGUGGGCUUCACGCUCACCCCGCCCCUCACCGAGCUUCGCGUCGGCAGCUACGCGUGGCGGAAACGAGCCAACCCGUCGAAGCCCCCAAACGACGGCGACCAUAACCAAAACCAAAACCAAAACCAACACGCCGGCGAAGCCGCGGCGAUCGCCAGCUUCGGCGAGGACGCGUACAGGUCCUUAACUCCGGUUCGCGCUCCCUCGGGUUCUCGCAUCGCGGCGCGGCGGGGCGACGGCGGCGCGCUCGAGCUCGUCGUCCCUCCGAAGGGUAUCCUCUCGCCCGCGGCGAUGACCGAGCUCGGUUUCGCCGCGGUGUGGACGUCUUUCACCGCGGUUUGGACGUGGGGCGCGAUGCAAACCCCGAACCCCUUCUUCGCGCUCUUCUCCCUGCCCUUCUGGGGCAUCGGCGCCACCAUCGGUCGGAGCACGGCGGCGGCGGCGAUGGAGACGACGCGGCUGGUCAUCGCGCCUCGGCGGUUAAACCCGACCACCGGCGAGGUGAUGGCGCCGGGUAGGUUCCACGUGUCGUGGGAAGCGCUCGGUAGGGUGCUGAGCGUGGCGGAGGGACCGUUGGAGGACGUCGCGGGCGUCGACGUGGUGACUCACGCAUACGUAAACGGCGUGCCGCAGACGGCGCUGGAGCUCACCGCCGGGGUCAAGUCGCACAACCUCGGCCGGGGUCUGCACUCCAGCGAGCAGAGGUUCGUGGCGGAGCUGGUGAGGGAGUGCUUGGUCGAGGCGGCGAAGGCGGGGGAGACGGGUUCGAGCGGGACGGGGGACGGAGGCGGGCGGCGGGCCGUCGGCGAGCCGGCGAGGAGGCCCGAGCCGAUCAAGUCGAGGCUGUGAUGA